UCUCCUUUCUUUGCGUUGGUGUCUCUCCUGACGGGAAUCGCUGGGAAACGGGUGGAAAGCUGCAAACAUCAAACAUUCCCCCUGCUGCAUCCCAGCAGAAGAUCAAUGUGCCGGAGUGGAGAUAAUGCACAUCUGCAGGGCGACAACAGAUGACUGAGUCUCAGUCUCUGCCCCCGUUGUACAGUGUUCAUCCCGGCGGAGCCCCCAGAGGGUGGAAAAGCACGCUUUCCUGGCCGGAGCCCAAGAGGGAUGUUCAUCGGUCACUGAUGAGCACUCUCCACAGGACUGGAGCAACAGCCACUGAAUUAUUGAAGAUCGCAGCGUCCCUAAGAUGUACCGAAGAACACACUUCAACAAUAAGAUGAGGCAGAAGACCAUGGAGAAUGUUGCACUAAGACAGCACCAGUCCACGUCCUGCUUGUGGAGGAGUCUCCGGUCCGCUUGGCAUUCCCACAUGAACCACACCAGAGUUCAGUUCGACCGAGCCGAGACCGAGACCUGCCUGGAGUUGGAGCGUUACCUGCAGACGGAGCCCAAGCGUCUGUCGGAGCUCUUCGACCAGGACCUGGACGGCCUCCUGACUCCGGCCUACCUGAAGGAGGACGGCGAAGAAGACCUGCCUGAGGCUCUGCUCCCAGGCCUCCCUGAGCCUCCAAGCCCACCUCCGGUCACCCUUUGUCCAUUGAGGCAGAACUUAACCUCAACAAAAGACCUCAAACCCAAAGGGCAAGGGCCGGAAACUUCAGACGGAACAGAAGGGGUCCACCUGGCCCAGCUGAGUGCCGUCACCUCUCUAACUCCCCCGUCUUCUCCGGAGCUGGGCCGGCACCUGGUCAAACCCAGCCAGACGCUGACGGCCUCCGCGGACGGGACGCUCACCUUGAAGCUCGUGGCCAGGAAGGUGGGGCUCAGCGCUGCCCGGCUAGUGACGGGACACGCGCUUCCAGUCCAGGUAAAAGAGGAAGAGGAAGGGGCGGCGUGCCUGAUCGGGGGAGAGCUACCAGAGAACAAGAAGAGGAUCCACCGCUGCCAAUUCAACGGCUGCAGGAAGGUGUACACCAAGAGCUCCCACCUGAAGGCCCACCAGAGGACGCAUACAGGUGAGAAGCCGUACAAGUGCUCAUGGGAGGGCUGCGAGUGGCGAUUCGCCAGGAGCGACGAGCUGACGAGGCACUACCGCAAACACACGGGUGCCAAGCCUUUUAAGUGCAACCACUGUGACAGGUGCUUCUCGCGGUCGGAUCAUUUGGCGCUGCACAUGAAAAGGCACAUCUGAGGAGUCGGCGAGACGUCAACGGGAGCGAAGGGAGGAGAUGGACUGUCGACGGCUGAAAACUAACAAGAGGAAGACGGCGAGGAUGGAUUUGGAAGACGGCGGGACGACCAGGUCGUAUGCAGAACUGAGAUCAAACAACACCCCAAUCUAUGACUCUCCAAGGGUUUGGUGGAGGACGUCAUGGCAGCUCUUUGUUUUCGUCAUCCGAUGAGUGAUCAAGCCGCAUCGCUCGGCAAUUGUACAGUCACACGUUUUCAACAUUCCUACUCUUCAGAAAUUCCACAUAAUCAAAAGGAUUUUCAGCAUUCAUCUAGUCAAACCUGCCACAGCGUUUAGAAUCAUCCGUAGAGUUUUGGGCCAACGCCAAAUGGAUCUUUCUGCUCUUCUGGUGUCGGAGUCCUCAGAGACAUGUUGCACCGAUGUGUGGUCGUUCUGUUGCACUGACUCUCCCCCCUCCCCCACCGUCCCACCCCAGAUCAACUUCUGCUGAGACAAACUUAUCGACUCCGGGAACGUCAGAGGAAACUGACCGUUUGGAGAGAUCUAUGGCAGCUUUCUAAGAGUGCGUUUCCUUCUUCAGACCUUAUCAGUUGUUGGCAAAAAAAACGAUUGCACAAUUGACUCUUUCCAACUUUUUGUAAAAAAAAAAAAAAAAAAAAAAAAAGAAGAAGAAGAAAAAACAUUUAAAAAAAAACAAACCUUCCAAUGUCCAAAUGAAACGCUGGCUUUCUUGUGCCACCUGAGCACAAGUUCAAGCAGCUAGCCCACUGCGAUAGCACACCGAACACAAAACGAGAUCACUAUGUAUUUAAAGGCUAUAUUGUUUCUAAACAGAUCCUGUAACUCUUUUGAAAAAGACCAUUUUAAAUAGACACGUCACAGGAGAAGAACUCACAGGAAGUGGAUGCAGCCAGAAGGAAAGAAAAGACGGAUGCCUGAAAUGAUCUCUUUGGGAUUUGAGAGUGAUUGGCACCAACCAAGCCGCUGGUCUGAGACGGUCCAGCUCACAUUCCUGCAGAACUCUUCCAAUUAAGCAUCUCUCUGACUUGACUUCAAGUAAAAAAAAAAAAAAAAUGUAUUGGACGUCUCCCUAAAUUUGACUCUCUGUACAUCCAAGAAGAUUUCUGCUGACUCCCCUGGCCAGCAUGUAUGUCGGAAUGCUGAUAUUUCCCCCCCACAGGACUGACUCUUAGGAAGGCACAGUCAAUCAAUCAAUUGGGUCCUGUCAGAGAAAAUCAAUGUGAAUGUAUCUGUUGCAAUCCUGGCCAUUUUUGCAAGACCCAUUAAAACACUGGAGGAUGGUGGGGGAGACCAUACUAGACACUGUUUCUGUUCUCUUUCGCUUUAGGGGGAAAAUGACUGGACUUGGAGAAACUGGCUGGUAGCUUUUGACAUUUUACCGGCUCUCAUGGACCAGCAUGAGGGCAGAUUUUCAGUGGGUGGCUAAAAUGGGCUAGGGGAGGGUGGAUCUGCUCAGUCAGCAAUGGUAAUUGUCCCCAUCAGCUUAUGCAAUUGUGACAGAGCGAGUCAAACAUCCACACCCGGAACACGGCAAUUGGCGUUUUUAGAGAGAGAAGAACUAAAAUCUGAUUCUUAGAUGUCUUAAAUUCACAGAUGCAUUUGAGAUGGAUACAAGAUUGCACACAAGCUUGGAUAUCAGUUGAUUAGCUUUGAUUUUGCUGGUUUACUGCCUAGAAGGAAAAGUCUUCAGAGUAAAAGGUCUGCGUCAGAGUUACAGCUGAAAUAAGUCACAAGAGAUAAAGACGACUGAAAACCUUAGAGCACAAGUUUUACCAGCUUGCACCAGCUGUCUUAAAGAGGGGCCAAAUUAUGAAAAGGUUUAGUCCAAAAACCUUCGGCUUGUGCAGAUUACAGGACAAUUGCUUGGGCCGUCUUAGAAAAAUCUCAUCGUCUCAUAUUGCGAAAUUGUUCUGAUUAAUUUACAAAGAUAACGCUGUUUAAGGUGUCCAAUGUACGGACAGGAGCGAUGCCAGGAGUUGAGGAAGGUAGGAUGAGCAGAGUUGGUAAGUGUUUGUGAAGUGGGGAACAGCAGAAGCAGCACCGGAACAAAACUGACUAGUUCUUGUGGUUGAGGUGUAGCAGAUUUUAUUGAGCGCGGUGGCCAUCUUGCAAAAACUCUGAAAUGACCAUUUUACAAAUCCACAGCCCAGAUUACCACAUAAAACACUUUUUUGCUAAUUUUUGUAUCAAAUUUUCCUCCAACCUUUAGCGACCUUAGCAAAAAGUGCAGCCGACUGGUGAAAGAAAAAUAUGCUAAACUGGCAGAAACUAGCAAUGCUGUUCAGCAUGAAAGCUGGGUAGAACCGUUUGUUUGGUGGAAAGCCCAAUUCAAGCUGGUUGAAGGUUUGUCAAAAGGUUUACUUUUGAUUUGGCUAACAUGACUUGGAAUCGAGUAUGCCAGGCUGCAGUAUGGAGUUUUUGCGUGGAGCCAGUGUAGGCGGAGCUACAGGAUUUGGCACACCCCUUACUGGUCCUACCCAGUCCGAGCUAAGAAACAUUCACGGACAAAUAAUUCAUAUUCAUACUUUCCAAAACGGUAAAAGUGAUACAUUUUUACUCUGGAGAUUAUGAAAAACAACAUGAAACUUAUUUAUUUAUGUAUUUAUUUAUUUAUUUAUGUAUUUAUUUAUUUUUUUGUUACGUUUUUAAGGCCAUCCACGCUGCAUUUUCUUCAUCAUAUGUGCAAAAACAUGACUCUUCCAAUAAAGCAAAGAGCGUCAACAUUUCAAAUUCCAAGCAGAUUUGCUGUAGUGUAAUUUUCUGACUGUACAUGAAAGAGGAAAUGAAGAACGGCAGUUUCACCUUUCCUAUGGUGACUGCUGACCACUGACGGCAGCUCUAUGUGUGUGUUUCAGUAUUUAAGUUCGAUAUGCUUCUAUUGAAUGAAUCUGUGCGUUUAUAUAUAUAAGCUGGAGACUGUUCGGCAUCGAUUGAAAUUGUGGAUUUAAACAAGAACAACUCAUGUUUGUUUGCUUGACUUUCUUUGAAUUUUUAACAAGAAGCCGAUCUGAAAUGUUCGCCCGCCUCCUUUUGUGGGCGGCUGACGGAAGCAAAAUUGUUCUCCAGGAGUCGUGGGAACCUGAAAUCUCGAAAUGUGAAUGUGUUUUCUUGGGGGGGGGGGAAGAAAAAAAAAAGAAAAAGAAAAAAGUCUUCAUGUCGUCUCUGAGGAUGCGUUUACGUUCCGUGUCAUCUUAAUGAUUGAUUCAGUUCUGCUGUGCCUGUGUGUUCUUCUUCGUCUGUGUUUCUGCACUCUGACUUUUUUCUUUUUUCUUUCAAGAGAAAAAAAACAAACAAAAAAAUCACUUGCAUAUCUGAUGUUUUUGUUUACCUGUCUGCAGUCCUAACAACAAUGCUCUACCAUGAUCACAAAGUCUGUACAGUGGGGUUCUCUUUUUAGCACCACGUCCACACACUGACGCUGACUCUCUGUAAACACUUUGCACCGACACCUACAGACGCGUAGCUCUGCUCAUUCCUCGUAUUUUUCACUGAUUUAAAGAAAAAAACCCAAAACAAAACAAUUCUUUCAUUGGAGGCUGCAGCUCGAGCUUUUCCUGCAGAAUGUGUGAGGGUAACAUACAUUACUAUGUGUGACACCACCUCCGUUUCCACCAGGUCUGAAUUUUAAAUCAAACACACCUCCCCUUUUUCUACCAGCACACUCUCUUUUCCCUCCAUUCCCCCCCUCCCCCCACUCGAUCCCUUUUCCCUCUCUAUUGUCCUUCUGUUUGUGUUCUCUCUGUACAAAGUGUUUCAAAUUUAUCAUUUGUAUAUUAUGAUGUAUGGGUACGAUAAUGUUCUUUAUUAUGGAAAAAUGAGAAAGAUUUAUUUUUGUUACCGGUUUGUUUCAUAAUUCCUUUUUUAAAUUGGUAUUGUAAUAUCUCUAUGCAAGGAAACUGUUCGGUGAAUCGUUUUUAUUUAAGAAUGUAAUUAUGUGUAAUAAAUGGUAGAA